AUGUCUUCAGUAAACACCAGUGCUGACUGGUCUUUGUCGAAGAACUGCACGUAUUCCUAUGAUCUAGCUUUUCCUUUGGUUCCUUACAUGAACUGUCCCUCCAAUCGCAAGUAUGCUGUAAAGUUCAUACCUCUCGUCUUCUGCGUACUAUCCAUCCUCGGAACAUUUGGAAAUCUCUGGAGCCUGUGGGCUUGCCUGCGGCCAUCCCAGCCUUGGAGUAUUGGAUCCAUAGGGGUCCUGAACCUAGCUCUGUGUGACCUCGCCUAUUUGGCCUCUAUGGGACCAUGGACUGUCUACAUCUACUCUGACUACCACUGGAAAAUGGGCCGUUCGUUAUGCAUCGGGGUGAAAAUCUUAUACUUUGUCGGUUUGACGUCUAGCACCGUGUUCAUAUGCGCUAUCAGCACCGAUCGUUUCCUUGCCAUCGUCUUCCCUCUGGAAUCCAGAAUGAUUCGCACUACAAAGAACGGCAUGUUGGUUUCACUUCUGUUGUGGGCUAUCAUUGCCUUACUCAUUUAUUUCAGCUAUCCUAACAUUUUAUUCUGGGUGAGGAAGGAUGGUCUCCAUGUGUGUGGAGCUGUUAUGAUAUCUAGGUUCAGGACCACUGAAGCCACCUACAAUCUCAUGUCAUACUACUCCAUUCAAGUAUCCGUCCCUCUGUUAAUCAUCAUUCCAUCCUAUCUGAAGAUCAUUGCCCGGAUGAAGCAGUUACGACAGCAGUGGGGUCCGGGGAACAUGCAAACCCGGGACAAGACCAUCUGUCUGAUAGGUGUCUUCAUUGCCAAUUUUUUGGUGUGUUGGGUGCCCGGACAGCUGCUUCACAUCGUUGCCUUUAUCAUUUACUCCAUUUUGGAUGACUGUAGCAAUAUCUGCUGGGUUGCAUGGGUGGUUAAUAUGCUCACUGAAGUCUCGCAAAUACUAUAUUGUCUGAAUGCAUGUCUGGAUCCUUUGAUUUUUUACAUGCAGCAGCGGCACGGAGAGCUGCUGCCAAAAGAAAUGUUGGCAAGCUGCUGUAGAAAGAUAAUAAAGCGAUGUAGGAAGAAAGAGUUAGGAGGGCCCACAGGGGAACCUUUCACUGUGAUUCAAAAAAACAACGGAAAACAUCCGAAAUAGUAAAAUAUACAUCUUAAAUAUUACAU